AGGGAGGUGGCAGCACUAUGUGUACUGGUUUGGGACCUCGGCACUUCACACCCUGUCUUGUUCAUGAUCCAGCUGUCGAAUAUGGUGGGCAAAGAUCGAUCUUUCUUGUUGGAUUUGAAUUGUCGAGGCUAGAAGAUCUCAGCUUCCAUGAUUUCACUUCCGGAGCUUCUACCUGCUGGGCAUGCACAGGACAAAACCCUGUUCUCGUAGUAGGACCCGUAGACUCGAGGUCGAGGGUGGAGAAAUGGACUUGGGUGGGUUGAUCGGCGUUGAUGAUGGAUUGGUGACCAGUGCGUCUUCUUUCCACGGUGGUGAUGUGCUCUCUUCUUUCCACGGGAGGCAUGAUUGGAGCUGUCUCAAGAUGGCAAAAACUGAAGCUUCCUCUCUCUUGCCUGAUGGAGAGCAACCGCUCGACUUCUCUGCAUCAAAGCCGGAGUCUUUGCUGCUCACAAGUGAUGGUAGAGUGCCGACUUCCUCUUACACUGGACAUGCAGGCUUGCAUUUUGGUAGAUUGGGUGUCAACUCUCAAGGCAGCUUCACUCCCUCUCAGUUGAUGGAGCUCGAGAACCAGACCCUGAUCUACAAUUACAUUGAUGCAAAUGCCAGAAUACCAAGCAAUCCAUUUAGCCCAAUUGGAUUCUCUGCCUUCUCAACUGGAUCUCUUAGAGCCUCUGCAUGUAGUAAGAGAGCAUGGCGAAUGGAAGAUUGCUGUUCUGAACUUAUGGGAUCAUUCCAUGGGGGAACAUGUGGGAACGCCGAUUCAGAGCCCGGAAGAUGCCGUCGGACCGACGGCAAGAAAUGGCGGUGCACGAGAAACGCAGUUGGUGACCAGAAGUACUGCGAGCGGCAUCUGAAUCGGGGCCGCCAUCGUUCAAGAAAGCCGGUGGAAGGACCCUGCGGUCGAGCCACGCGCCCGACGCCUUUCAUCUCCUCUUCGCAGGCUGGUCUCGGCAGUCGAUCAUGCGACGGCUUGGCAAUGGCUCGGCAGCAGAUGAGCAACCUGCAGCCACAGCUCAAUCGGAUUAAACUAAGCGAAGAGAAGGCAAGCACUCGUUCUAAGGUCUCGGAAGAACUCUGCAAGCUAACCUUGCUCAGCUCAUUCCCAUGUCCAAAACUCUCCUUUCAUGAAGAUUUUGGAUUCGUUUCCACUUGUUCCUCCUCUCUUCCCCCGAGCAGCUCCCGGAUAGACAACAAGAGGAAUGUCCUCCCACCUUUUGAACUGGAUGAGCAACAGCUCCAACCUCGACAAUUCACCUGGUAUGGGAGAGGAGACAUGCAGUUCGACAGCGACGAGCUCUCUGCCCCCAUGCCAAUGAUUUCCGACUUCUUGUCCUGCUCUUCCUCUCCACAUGAAUCGAGUGUCAUUUGGGAAGGCUCUGCCGGUGGGCCGCUUGCAGAGGCUUUGAAGAACACUGGCAAGGCUCCAGAUCAUGCUAAGCAAUCAUCCUUGGAUCUCAGUGUGUGGCCGCACUACAAGUAGCCCAGAGCACAAGACCAGUCACAGCACUUGUUGUUGCUCUUUGACCAAAUGAAUCUACAGGUUGAUUCCCAGUGAGCGGAGAGAGUUCAGAUGGAUCAUCUUGUUUGUUUUCCUGAUUUGUUACCUGUUCUUGCCUUGUUUUUGCUGGCAUUUCUGAUAUGUCUGAGAAUUGCAAUAUAUGUAUGUGUGUGUGUGUGUUCUUGCUAAAUCUGGGAGAUUCAUAGGUAGGUAAGAAACUCAAAUCCUCAUUCAA